GAAGGAGCAGGGGCCGUGGUAGUAGGUCUCAAAGCUUAAGUGAGCUCUUCCUCUCAAUGUAUGGAUUUACCCCCAGAGAAGGACAUUAAGAAACACAAGGAGCGAGACAGGCACAAACCAAAACACAAGAAGACCUCUAUGGACAUGUCUCCAUCCCUUGUCCUUCCAAACAUCAUGGUUCCAGACAAGACCUACAACAGCAGCGGUGGCGGCACAGUGGGAGGCGUCACCUCUCUGCCUGCCUCCUCACAGAAGCGACUUGAUGAUGGCACUGCCCGUUUCACCACCGCCAACUUCCAGGAAGUGUCUUCUGUUCACCCCGGUGGCAGUUCUAAAGACAGUUUGGCUGCAGACACUGGAAAAGUGGCGUCUGAGGUGAAGAAUAAGAAGAAUAUUGGCGGAAAUCACUCAGUGGGACAGAGGGGUGGCCGCAAGUCUCUCACCUCCUCAGGGAAACCCCUUCCCUCUGCCAUGGUCACCAUGGCAACCUCCUCCACAUCUGCCUCUGCCUCCACCGGGCCUUUCCACCAAGGCCUCCUGUUGACCAGUGCCAGCAAGAUGCCGUCUGCCCCUUCCUCUUCAGACUUCCUAAGUUUCUCUGAUUCAUCGUUACGUCCCGGGGGUGGGACUACCUUCUCCUCCCCGCCGUCUUUCAGCAGUUGCCUUGUAAAGCCGAGCUCAGAGGGCGGAGCCUCGGAGGGAACUACUACGCUUUUUGGCUCUCUCAUGUCUGCCACUACAGCUUCUGCAGUGGGUGGGAAACUAUACGAGAAUUCCCACAGUCACACAGCGAAUGAGACGACAAGCCUCAGUGGGUCUGCUGGAUACAAACGGCCCCAGCCCACCAGCUCAGGGCCAGGCAUCGUUGGAGCAGUGGCAGGAGGAGGAGGAGGGGAGGAUGGGGUGAAGAAGAAAAAGAAGGGCAACUGGCGAAACAGAUUUGGACCCUGCUUCACCACGGAUGUGAAGCUCUCCGAGCCAGCGCCCUCCCUGACUCUCCCUACCUCCACGACAGCCAAUACCUCCUCCUCCCCUUCCUCUCCUUCCUCUUCUUCAUCCACGACGCUCCCGGGCCGGCCAGGCUUAGUUUCCAGCAGUGGAUUAGGAGUCGGUGUAGGAGGAGGAGGAGGAGAGAGGGGGCUGGGGGUCAUGGGUGUCGGCGGUGGGAUGCAGAAGUCCCCGUCACUUCUCAGGAAUGGGAGUUUGCAAAGCAACAAUGGCUCCACAACCACUGGAGCAGGUGUUUUCUCGGCUAGUGACGGGUCAUCGUCGGGAGCAGGGGUGGCCGCAGUGGGCGGGCCCACCUCUGAGUUGUCACAGCAACAGCAGCCCACACCCUCUCUAGCCCCUCCCUCUCCGUUCACUGCCACCGCCCCGCUUACUAGCACAGCCUCCACACACGUGAGCGGUCUGCCAGGGUCCGUCUUCAACCUCGCUCCCUCUCACAUGUUCGGUAACAGACUGAACCCCAACUCGGCCAUGGCAGCGCUCAUCGCCCAGACCGAGGCCUCACCAGCAGAUCAGGAGGUGGGAGACGGCAGCAGCAGCAAUGUUGGUGCUCAGGGCUUCUCUGUAAAAGCUUCUCCCAAGACCACCCCACGCUCGCCCAUUGGUGGCCUGCAGAUCCGCUAUGACUCUUCGGGGUCGUUGCCGGGGCCGGGUAUGGGGUUGCUAGGGGCAGGGGGUGGCGGAGGCGAGACCUUGCUCCCAGUGGCCACCAGCAUAGAGCAGCUCCUGGAGAGGCAGUGGAACGAAGGACAGAGCUUCCUGCUGCAGCAGGGAGGCCAGGGAGAUGUGGUGGGAAUGCUGAAGUCUCUCCACCAGCUGCAGGAGGAGAACAGGAGGUUGGAGGAGCAGAUCAAAUCUCUGACCAUGAAGAAGGAGAGGCUGCAGCUUCUCAGCGCUCAGCUCUCGGUGCCUUUCACCCCCUCCACAGCCUCCUCAGACGUGAAAGGAAUCCAGCUGGGAGCCACUGACUCAUCCUUACCUAUGGCAGCUCAGGACAGUACGUCGUGCGGAGGCCACAGCAGUAGCGGCUCCACGUCCUCUCUCUCCACCCCUCCCUCCGUCUCCCAGAGCCCACCGCAGCCGCAGCUCAACGGAGUGGCCGCAGUGGGGGCGGCUCCCGGCGGUAUGGGUGGCGUGGCGGGGCUGAUGGGCGCACUCGGCGCAGGUAGCGCGCUGGGCAUGGGGGGGAUCGUCGGGGCACUGAAUGGAGUCAUCCAGGCACCGGGGGCCACCGGCAACCCUCACACUACAGGAGCAGCAACAGGGGUCACGUUGCCUGGUAACAGCUCAGCAACUAGUAAGAACAGUGCCGCGCGGCUCAGCCUGCUGUCUGAGCAGCACCGCCUUCUCCUGCAGCAGCACCAGCUGCAGCAGCUGCUGUCCUCACAGCCAUCAGCGGAGCAGCAGCAGGUGUUGCUCUACCAGCUGAUGCAGCAGCAUCAGGACCUCCAGCAUCUGCAGUCUCUCUCCUCUGCGCAGAUUCCCUCCAUGCCGCUCUCCUCCGCUCAGCUGCCCAUCAACAACAUGCAUCCCGGCGUCCAGAACCAGGGCCAAGGCGCCAUCGCAGCCAACCCCUUCCUGGCACUGCAGCACGCACACGGCGACACGCACGGCCCCGGGGCGCAGAAGUCGCGGUUAGCCGAAAAGGCCGUGAGCAUCACAGGGCAGGAGAAGACAUGACGACUCAUGCUUUUUGUUCUUUGGAUGCCUUUUCUUUUCUUUUUUCUCUCAAAUAAAUAUGCAGAAUUUUCCGGACAUCACGCUGUCAACUUUGUUCUUCAGUGACAAGAACAUGAACAAUGGCAGCAAAAGAACUAAGCGGUGUCUAAACGGUAGAUUCCUCAUAAUAGUUGUCUGUGCUCAUAUGUUAGCACACACUGUGGUGAAUGAUAGAGAAUAAAAGUAAGAAUUUUUUUCCACCAUUUCUAGUUAUUUUUGCAACUUUUCAGGUUACAGGUUUGUUUUUUUUACACGAUAUUUAGUGUAAAUGUAUUUAUUUUCAUCCAGUUAUUUUUUUAGGUUUUACUUUUGUAGCUCUAGUGCUGCUUCAGGUUCUUACUUUGUCACUGCUGAAAUAAUGAUUUCCAUUUAAUAUCACUGGUAGUGUUUUUUAAGUUUGCGUCGGUGUAGUAUUUGUUCUACGGGUCAGGUCACACUCGCUGCGCUCCACGUCCGCCGGGUUUGCCGCUUCGCCUUCUCCCUUCACACCAAAACGAGGUUCUGCGUCUGUGUUGCGUUCCACGUGUUCGGACUUAAUCUCAUAUUCCCUUCCAGAGCAGGAAGUUCUCACCAGGAUUUUGCGCUUUGACCAAAAUAAGAGUGGACUGGAAAGUGUUGUGCGACAGGGAGCGAGCGCAGACGUCACAUGGACUACAGUUGGACCUCUGUGCACGCGUUGAUGCUUAAAAGUAUGACCUGGCUUCCAAGAAACAUUUCCUUGAACUAGUUUUUUUGUCUGUGGACUGGCAAUUUUUUUUUUUUUGCUAUGUCACGUCUUCCUUUAAUUUUCCUCUCAUUGUCUCCCCGUUUCUCUCCUUUCCUUCUCCGUCUGGUCUUUCUACUGUUUCACUCUCUCAGGGGCUUGAGCUUACUAGAGCUAGCACACACAGAACUACAAACUUUAAAAAAAAAAAGAAAGAAAUAAGAAAUACAUUAAUAUUUAAAAAAACAAAAAACAAAAAAAACUACCACUUGACUUAACAGUAGCAGAUGCAUGGUUGACAUCUGUCUCACAGUGGCCCCGAGGGGAAUAUUUGGUGAGAGGGUUGUGAGAGGGGGAAAAAAAGAAAAAAAACCACAUGUUUUCACCGUUGCCUCUCUCGCAGAGUCUCUCGCUCCGUUUGUGUCGAUCCGUCAGUGAGCCGAGCCUCGGUACGGUCACCACAGAAGCCUUGCUUUCCACGGUCUCCUCUCUGGGCCAGAAACAGGGGGCUCAAUCAGGAAAAUUUAUAGAAGAAUACACAGCGAGUUGAAUGUUCAUGCAGACUCAAAGACAAAGCAGAAGUCGUCACGUUUCAUCCUCCUGAUUGAGCCCCCUGCUGCACCUACCUCUAAAGCAGGACCAGCCUAUCAGGACCUAAAAGGUCGACACACGAGCGGCUACUUAAAAAAAAACACAAAUAAAACACCACAGUCAGGAACUGGCCAAUCAGGGUCCAAGCCUCAAGUGCCUGAGGCCAAAGUGGGAUUAUUGUAUCUCACUUUUUUACCUGAGUCCCUGUCACUCAGCCCAAUUCUUCAUAACCCUUCUGGUAAUUAAGCUGCGUUGCUAAGCAACAGAUUGCAAAAAAAACAC